UACUAGUUCCUAGGUAAAGUGGGAAAUCAAAAUCAGACGAGUUUAGUUUUUCCGCUGUCGGAAAACAGUUUGACGACUCAAGCGCUUAGCAACACAAUUCAACCCCCACCCCAAGGCUCCCGCCUGCGCCUUGAUAGUUCCUCUGGACUUGCACUGAAAUAAUCAAUAAAGCAACAUCAGCGGCUGCCACAACAACAAAUACACGAUGUGGGCUAGUGAUAAGCAACAACAGUAGAGGGCAGCCCCGCGGCAUAUACCCAGUCUCCAGACAACCCACACAGAGCUCUAAACUUCUCAUCCCAAGGCAUUAGCAAACAACAUAAAAAGUAAACAAAAACUAUAAAUCGAGAGCAUUUUCGUGAAAAUGUCGCGGGAGGAACGUUUGCCAAUUGUGGAUACAGCGAGCAGCAGUGGCGAGGAUGAGGCGAAGCCUGUGGUGCGUAGGCGCAGCACAAGGGACACCGAAUUGGCUCUGCCCAAGGAGCAAGGAUGUUGUGCUCCCACCAGCAAGCCCCAUCGUUUCCUAGCACUACUAUUUAUGUGCCUGCUGGGGUUUGGUUCCUAUUUUUGCUACGAUAAUCCGGGUGCACUGCAGGAUGUAUUUCAGAAGGAACUCGACCUGAAUGCCACCGAAUUCACUUUGAUCUAUUCCAUCUAUUCGUGGCCAAAUAUUGUGCUCUGCUUUGUGGGUGGCUUUCUGGUCGAUCGUGUCUUUGGCAUACGCAUGGGCACAAUUAUUUACAUGCUGAUUGUGUUGUUGGGUCAACUGAUAUUUGCCGCUGGCGGCCUGUUUGGUCACUUUUGGCUAAUGAUUGUGGGCCGCUUUGUAUUUGGCAUCGGUGCCGAGUCCCUGGCCGUCGCCCAGAACAGCUAUGCCGUGCUCUGGUUCAAGGGAAAGGAGCUGAACAUGGUGUUUGGCUUGCAGCUGUCGGUGGCGCGAUUCGGCAGCACUGUCAACUUUUGGGUAAUGCAACCGCUCUACAAUUAUGUUUCCGAAUUCUAUGCUGGAUAUACGGGUUUGGGUGUUACACUGUUCCUGGCCGGGCUCACCUGUGUGAUGUCGCUGCUGUGCACACUUAUCUUGGGCUGGAUGGAUAAACGCGCCGAACGUAUAUUGAAGCGCAACACCAAUCCAGGCGGCGAUAUAGCCAAGCUCAGCGAUAUAAUGUCAUUUCGACUGGACUUCUGGAUGGUAUCGGUUGUCUGUGUGGCAUAUUAUGUGGCCAUAUUCCCGUUCGUUGCACUGGGCCAGGCGUUUUUCGUAUCCACCUUCCAUCUAACGCCUGAACAGGCAAAUACGGUCAAUUCGAUUGUGUACUUGAUCUCAGCCAUUGCGUCGCCUUUGUUUGGCUUUAUUAUAGAUCGUGUAGGUCGCAAUGUCAGUUGGGUGUUUGUAGCAACAGUUGCAACAAUUGUCGCUCAUCUGCUACUCACAUUCACCCAUAUGAAUCCGUACAUUGGCAUGUCAAUUAUGGGUCUGUCCUAUUCAAUGCUAGCUGCCAGUCUCUGGCCCAUGGUAUCGCUGAUUGUGCCAGAAUAUCAGCUGGGCACUGCCUAUGGCUUUUGUCAGUCAGUGCAAAAUCUGGGGCUAGCCGUGGUCACCAUUGUUGCCGGAGUUAUCGUGGACAGCAGCGGCGGCAGUCACUUCUGGCUGCAGCUCUUCUUCAUAUUCUUCCUAUUGAUUUCCCUGUUGGCUACAUGCGUUAUCUGGACCUACGAUCGCAAGCAUCAGGGCAAUUUGAAUAUGUCGCCGGCACAGCGUACCACCUACCAUACUUCCAUCUUAACACAGCGCGGCAGUAAGGAUCGACGGCCUCUAUUGGGCAACUAAAUACAUAUAUACAUAUAUAUAAAAUAUAGAUAAAUAUACACUAUAUAUGAUUAACCAAUGUGAUGUUGUUCGCUAUCUAUAAAUGUAUCUAGCUCUAUGUGUUUGGCACAAACCCUUCAAUACUAGUCGCACAAUUUACUAUUCGAUUUACAAUUCAAUAACGAUCCCCCCCUUUCCUAACAUAUCAAGAAACUAUUGUUAUAAAUGUGAUUGCGAUUUUGUUGUAAUUUAUGUAUAAAUGUAUUAUGUGCCAGUUGCCAAAGAUAAAUUAUAAAUAAA